GAGUCGCGAUCAUCGUCGAGUUCGUGAACCUCGUCGCCAUGGCCUUCACACUCCAUGACGGUGGCGGCAGUGGCGGCGGCAAACGGUAUCAAAAAGUGCAGACCCACUUAUUGCUUAUGACAGGCGGGUUCUUGUUCCUAAUCUUGUUGCCGGGACUAAACGCUACAUUGCGCGGAAACAAUUUCGUGAUUCCCAUCUAUUUGACCCCGAUGCUCUUCCUCAUCGUGGGACUCAUCAUCUUCACAGACUUUACCACAUUCAUUAUUCUGGUUAGAAAAGAUGCCGCUAGAAAAGAGUUUUCCAAAAAAGGGUGUUGGCAGCACAGGACCGUUGAUUACACCAGUUAAUUGAAGAACCAUUUUGGCAAUGGGAAGAAGAAGAAUCUGUUUUGGAGUUUGCUUGAUGGACACUCGUGUCUGUUACCACGAUACAUGUAUUUGUUUUAAACAAAAGGUUAUAUUUUUCCGUUAUGUGAAAUUUGGUUUGAUUCUUUGAAGAAAUAAGUGACAUUUAA